GUUUGACGAUGAUGUGAUCAAUCCAUGUCUAAUGGCGUCGAAGGUCGCAAACAUAGCGAUCGCUGCUAUAUAGUUUUGGAGGGGUCGUCCUGUGCUUGAGCGUCCACACGCUGCCGACAGUCCUACUCAUAUUCGGUAAAACACUCACAACUAACCAUCAAACACCACCACUACCAUGGGAAAAGAUCAUCCUGACGCAGACCUUCACCCCGAAGCGACCGGACUUGCUGCAGCAACGGUCAAAGCCCAUUCAGCCGAAUGCCCCUUAAAACUGUACUCGGGAUGGUUCUGUCCCUUUGUGCAGCGCGUAUGGAUAGCGCUGGAGGAGAAGGGUAUCCAGUACCAGUACAUUGAGGUCAACCCAUACCACAAGCCACAGUCUCUGUUGGAUCUCAACCCCCGUGGUCUAGUGCCAACGCUGCAAUACCAGAACAAGCCACUCUAUGAGAGUACUAUUCUUUGCGAGUUCCUAGAAGAGGCAUUCCCUCAGCAUACACCGCACCUGAUGCCGACGGAUCCCUACCAGAGAGCUAGAACGAGAAUCUGGACAGACUAUGUAGGCAGUCGUAUCAUCCCUGCCUACCACCGUUUUCUGCAGCAUCAGGGCGACGGCUUGGAGGAGAAGCAGAAGGAAUUCUUGAAUCAUCUCAAGGAAUUCACGCGUGAGAUGGAUGCUGAGGGACCGUACUUCUCAGGCAAGGACUUUGGACUUAUUGACAUUGUCCUGGCCCCGUGGGGCAAUAGGCUGUGGGUGUUCGACCACUUCAAGGGUGGGUCGGGCAUUCCUGAUGAAGGAAAAGGCGGGGAGGAUGAAGAGGUCUGGAAGCGGUUCAGGAAGUGGCUGUCUGCUGUCGAGAGCAGGAAGAGCGUCAAGGAAACGCUGAGCGAGAGGGAGCAUUACUUGCCGAUCUAUCAGCGGUACGCAGAGGACAGAGCACAGUCGGAAGCGGCCAAGGCCAUCAGAGCCGGUCGAGGCAUUCCUUAGAUGUACAGUAAUGUAUGGUAUGCUAUGGUAGCAUGUCAUGCCUGGUGACGUCAAGUUGGUGAUAGUCGUUCGGAUGUUUGGCAGGGCUGCUGUUGCCCGGUCGACACUGUUGAUAGUGUUGAUAAACGGGACCCGCUUCCCGCGCCACAACGGGCUAAGCGUUGCACCCACGCAAAUGAUCC